CCCCGUGUGCCGGGACGCCUCAUUUGCGCUGGGGCGAGAGUCGAAGCAGAAGCCCUGUCACGGUUUUGUGAAUGUCUCCAAGCUGUGCUAUCGAUAAGAAAGUGUGCUCGGUAGAUUUUUUGACCAGACGCGAGCUCACGUGCACGACUAUCGCAGUGAACGAAAACCGCGUUAGCCUGCGACCAUCGCCCCAGCCAAUCCCAGUAGGGAUACGACUAUUGCACGCCCUGAAGCAAGUGAGAUAAACCGUUGCGAGCUGGCUCAGCUGUUAUGGAGACGUACACGCAUUUCGUUGUUACGCCGUGGCGCAAUAGUCAAGAGCUGAUUCGGCUUCGGCGAGACCUGUAUAGACUCAACGAUGACAACGUUGAUAGAAGACAGGGUGCGGUGAACAAGGUUUUGGCGUGGCGGGCGAGGAAAGAGAGUCUACCAUUGCUGCUAGAAUCGACAGCAGAUAUCGUCGACGUGAUACUCCAAGAUGAGAGCCGUGGGUUGAAGCACAACACGUGCAGGUUGCUCUACGCAACUGUUAUAUCGAGAUUCAUAACCGGCUACCUCGACACCCAAAUCGACCUAGCCCGUGACCGCCCCUCUUGGUUCGCACCGGGCAAAUUUCUCCAACCACCCUCUUCCCUCCUCGAAGUGCGCCACUGCAUCGUCCACCGGCACAUGCCCUCGCUGGCCGAGCUCAAGCGUGCUGUUCAAACAGCUCUUGAUUGGCUAUGGGAGUGGUACUGGUCGCACCUCGAAGCCGUGUUUGCCCUCCCAUCUGCCAACAAUGCUGAUGAUGGGGAGACGGGGGUGGAGAGCGGCGUGACGGACAAACUGCAGACGAUUUUGAAGACGUAUGUCAAAGGGAGGAAACAGGAGAUCAAGACAAAGAGAAGGGGGGAUCUGUGUACGGCGGCUAGCACCGCGCUAUCAACAUACACCCUCCGCUUCAGUCCGUCGGCCACCACACUGCCUUCAGCAACAACGCAAGAUGCACUUCUCCGCCUCCUCGUCUCAGAAACCCAGAUCCUGCCUGCAGAUAAGAAGAUUGGGUCCAGCAUGUCCGGCGCCUUCCUGAUAUGGACACCUCUGCUUCUCUCCUUGUCCACCACAAACGCCACAUUCUCCCCCGGCCUCCUCAACUCUAUCCUCUCGGAGAUGAACGAUGCCGAUAGAAGGAUUGAGGAGAGGGAGGGCAUGUGUGAGUGGGCGGCUCACAUUCUCACUUCGGCAGAGUGGCGGGAUGCGAGAGGGAGUAAGGAACGGGCGAUGAGGGAGAAGGUAAUGGGGGAGUGUUUGACGGAGUUGGGGGUGUGGAAUUUGAGGCUUGCAGAGACGGUGGUGGGGAGUUUGGGUGAGGGGGAGGGAGAGUUGUGGAGGGCGAUUUUGGAUGCGAGUCGGAAUGAGGGGGGUGGCGAGGGGAUGGUGAUUGAUGGAGCUGAAGAGACGCAAGUGGCAGAUGAGGAUAUGGAGGUAGAGGGGGGGGUAGAGGGGGAGGCCGAGGAGAAGAUUAAGGGGCCGCAGAAGGUGGUUGGUUUGUGGAAGCCGAAGCCUAUUGGCUGGUUGUCUGAAGGAUGGGAUGAGGACGCUUGA